CGAGGGCGCCCGGUAGGCAGCGGCGGCGACGCGGGGCGGGCGGCCGUACGGUGCCUGGAGUGCGGCUAGGCAGGCUGCAGGAUGCUGCGCGCCGCACUGCCCCUGCUCGGACUGCUCCUGGCGGGGGCGGGCGCGGUCGAAGAGCCCACCCAGGACCCGGGGUUGCCGGGCGAGCCUCCCCCAGGCUUGGAGCUCUUCCGCUGGCAGUGGCACGAGGUGGAGGCGCCCUACCUGGUGGCUCUGUGGAUCCUGGUGGCCAGCCUGGCCAAAAUCGUGUUUCACCUGUCUCGGAAGGUAACAUCUCUGGUACCUGAGAGCUGCCUGCUGAUUUUGCUGGGCCUGGUGCUAGGGGGCAUUGUCUUGGCUGUGGCCAAGAAAGCUGAGUACCAGCUGGAGCCAGGCACAUUCUUCCUCUUCCUGCUGCCUCCUAUUGUGCUGGACUCAGGCUAUUUCAUGCCUAGCCGACUGUUCUUUGACAACUUGGGUGCCAUCCUCACCUAUGCCGUGGUGGGCACACUCUGGAAUGCCUUCACAACAGGCGCUGCCCUCUGGGGUCUGCAGCAGGCUGGACUUGUGGCCCCUAAGGUGCAGGCUGGCUUGCUGGACUUCCUGCUGUUCGGGAGCCUCAUCUCAGCGGUUGACCCCGUGGCUGUGCUGGCUGUCUUUGAGGAGGUGCACGUCAACGAGACUCUCUUCAUUAUCGUCUUUGGCGAGUCCCUGCUCAAUGAUGCAGUCACUGUGGUGCUGUACAAGGUCUGCAACUCCUUUGUGGAGAUGGGCUCUGCCAACGUGCGGGCCACUGACUAUCUGAAGGGAGUCGCCUCCCUGUUUGUGGUCAGUCUGGGCGGGGCAGCCGUGGGCUUAGUCUUUGCCUUCCUCCUGGCCCUGACUACACGCUUCACCAAGCGGGUCCGCAUCAUCGAGCCGCUGCUGGUCUUCCUCCUCGCCUAUGCAGCCUACCUCACUGCUGAAAUGGCCUCACUCUCUGCCAUUCUUGCGGUGACCAUGUGUGGCCUGGGCUGUAAGAAGUAUGUGGAGGCCAACAUCUCCCACAAGUCACGCACAGCUGUCAAAUACACAAUGAAGACCUUAGCCAGCUGCGCUGAGACCAUCAUAUUCAUGCUGCUUGGAAUCUCAGCUGUGGAUUCUUCUAAGUGGGCCUGGGACUCUGGGCUGGUGCUGGGCACCCUCUUCUUCAUCCUGUUCUUCCGAGCCCUCGGCGUAGUCCUGCAGACGUGGGUGCUGAAUCAGUUCCGGCUAGUCCGUCUGGACAAGAUUGACCAGGUGGUGAUGUCCUAUGGGGGCCUGCGGGGGGCUGUGGCCUUUGCUCUCGUCAUCCUCCUGGAUAGGAUGAAGGUUCCUGCCAAGGACUACUUUGUGGCCACCACUAUUGUAGUAGUCUUCUUCACAGUCAUCGUGCAGGGCUUGACCAUCAAGCCGCUGGUCAAGUGGCUGAAGGUGAAGAGGAGUGAGCAUCACAAACCCACCCUGAACCAGGAGCUGCAUGAGCACACUUUUGACCACAUUCUGGCUGCAGUGGAGGACGUUGUGGGGCACCAUGGCUACCACUACUGGAGGGACAGGUGGGAGCAGUUUGACAAGAAGUACCUGAGUCAGCUGCUGAUGCGGCGGUCAGCCUACCGCAUCCGCGACCAGAUCUGGGAUGUAUACUACAGACUCAACAUCCGGGAUGCCAUCAGCUUCGUGGACCAGGGAGGCCACGUCUUGUCUUCCACAGGCCUCACUCUGCCCUCUAUGCCUAGCCGCAAUUCUGUGGCAGAGACCUCUGUCACCAACCUGCUGAGGGAGAGUGGCAGCGGAGCGUGUCUGGAUCUGCAGGUGAUUGACACCGUACGCAGUGGCCGAGACCGUGAGGACGCUGUGAUGCACCAUCUGCUCUGCGGAGGCCUCUACAAGCCACGCCGCAGGUACAAAGCCAGCUGCAGCCGCCACUUCAUCUCAGAGGAUGCGCAGGAGCGGCAGGACAAGGAGGUCUUCCAGCAGAAUAUGAAGCGGCGGCUGGAGUCCUUUAAGUCCACCAAGCACAACAUCUGCUUCACCAAGAGCAAGCCACGACUGCGCAAGACUGGCCACAGGAAGAAGGAUGGUGUGGCUAAUGCUGAGGCUGCAAAUGGGAAACCUCAAGACCUGGGAUUUCAGGACACAGCUGCUGUGAUAUUAACCGUGGAGUCUGAAGAGGAGGAGGAGAGUGACAGUUCAGAGACAGAGAAGGAGGACGACGAAGGGAUCAUCUUUGUGGCUCGGGCCACCAGUGAGGUCCUCCAAGAGGGCAAGGUCUCAGGAAACCUUGAGGUGUGCCCAAGCCCACGCAUCAUCCCCCCUUCCCCAACCUGUGCAGAGAAGGAGCUACCCUGGAAGAGUGGGCAGGGAGACCUGGCAGUGUACGUGUCCUCAGAAACCACCAAGAUUGUGCCCGUGGAAAUGCAGACAGGCUGGAACCAGAGCAUGUCAUCCCUGGAGAGCCUAGCAUCCCCUCCCUGUACCCAGGCACCGACUCUGACCCACCUGCCUCCCUGCCCACUGGGCACCGAAGAGCCACAAGCCCCUCUCAACCUGCCUUCUGAUCCACACCCUAGCUUCGCCUUUCCCCCGAGCCUGGCUAAGGCUGGCCGCUCUCGCAGUGAGAGUAGCGCUGACAUCCCCCAGCAGCAGGAGCUGCAGCCCCUCAUGGGCCACAAGGACAACACCCGUCUCAGCCCGGGCAUUGCUAACUCCCACUGGUGCAUCCAAUUCAACAGAGGUGGCUGGCUGUAGCCCAGGGCCUAGGGAGGAGCAGGAGGCAGAGCCCCUGUGGGAAAGUGUUCCCUGGCCAAUGAGCAGAGAAGCCCACUCAGCCUAACAGGGGGCCACAGGGGUCUGGACUGAAGUAACAUCUGGGCUUCAGGUCAGAGUGGUCUGAGCUGAAGGGACCCUCCCUGCUCCUAACCCCUACCAUCUUCCAUUUCGGUAAGGCUCAGGAUCCAGUUCAGAGCUUCUAUGGGCUAGGCCCAGAGGCUUGGGUAGCUGAUGCCCCUUCCCCAAUGACUCUUCUUGAGAUCACUGUAGGCAGCUGCUCCUGCCUCCAAAGCAAGGGCAUCACUUCUCAGUUGAUGCUGGCCUUCCCUGCCCUCCACCCCUCCCCAGCACCAGGUCAGGGACAGUGCCCUGGCAGUGAGGCUUAGAGAGGGGCUGGCCCUCAGAGGGAAUGGGGUGGGAGGUGGAGAAGGCCUCAACCUCAGGCUUUGCUGCCCUGUUAUGUCAGCCACCCACAGUCAACUUUUUUAGGGCACUGUGAAUCUCUGCCUACACUUCUUGGUGUUGCCCUUCCCUUUGCUGCCAGGUAUUGGGGUAAUAGUUCUUCCUUUUCCAGGCCCAAGGCCAGGGGGCUGGGCUAGACUUCAGCUCAGGGCUGCUUCUUAGCCAGGGUCACUCUGGGGAUCUCCUGCUCUGGGUCCAAGUCUGGACUUUCUGAUCCUUGGGUCUGGGUUUUCUGAGGCGGGGACACAGUGGCCUCUGGGUUCCCAUGUCACCUCCUUUUUUUUUUUGUCUUUUUCGUGACCGGUAAGGGGAUCGCAACCUUUGGUGUGGUGUC